AGCCCAUUGGAAUAUUUUUGGGUAGCUGAAAUGAAUAAAAAAAAAAAAUUCUAAUUAGUUAUGCUGUCGAAAUAAAAAAUAUACAAAAAAAAAAAAAACUAAACACGUAAUUUAAAUAACUGAGUUUCAGCUGAAAACGAGUAGCUGCAACAACAACAAGAACAACAGAUAUGGAUCAGAGUAAUAACAAUGGUCACCUCAAUCCAGCUUAUGUGGGCUCACCAAAUGCUUCCACAAUAUCUAUACCGGGUGCGUAUAACACCACUGAGAAUAAUACAACAAACACAAACACAAUCACGGACACGCCCACAAACAAAGAGCUUGAGAAUAGCCGCAAACCAAGUGAGGCAAGCAGGGAGGAGGAGAAAGAAGGAGAUGCGGAACAGGGUGUCAAACGCGAUGGUUGGAACAAUGAUAUUGAGUUUCUCAUGUCCUGCAUUGCAUUAAGUGUGGGUCUGGGAAAUGUUUGGCGCUUUCCAUUUAUUGCACUGGAGAAUGGCGGUGGUGCAUUUCUCAUACCCUAUCUGAUAGUGUUGAUAUUGGUGGGGAAACCCGUUUACUAUUUGGAAAUGUUGCUGGGCCAAUUCUCGAGUCGAGGCAGCGUCAAAGUCUACGAUUGUGUGCCCAUUAUGAGAGGCAUUGGCUAUGGUCAGGUUCUGGCCACGGGCAUUGUGACAACCUACUAUGCCACAUUAAUGGCCAUCACGCUGCGCUAUUUGGUGGAAUCAUUCUUUCCCACAUUACCCUGGAGCUACUGUCGUGAGGAGUGGGGACCCAACUGCUUGGACUCGACACCACAGCCGAUUAGCGAUGCCAUUGGCACCGCAACAACGGUGCGCACCACCUCAGCGGAGUAUUACUUUACGCACAUCAUACUGCGCGAGAAGGUGAGCAUUGAUGAUGGCAUCGGUUAUCCCAGCUGGACUUUGGCUAUCGGAUUGGCUGUUGCUUGGCUCAUUAUAGCGGCCAUAAUGUUCAAGGGUGUCAAAAGCUCCGGCAAGGCAUCCUAUUUCCUCGCCCUCUUCCCCUACGUCAUCAUGAUCAUCCUGCUCGUUCGUGCUCUCACACUGCCCGGUGCCUCGGAUGGCGUACUCUACUUCCUGAGACCGCAGUGGCACAAACUCCUGGAGCCACAGGUGUGGUAUGCUGCCGUUACUCAGGUCUUCUUCUCGCUGGCCAUUUGCUUUGGCAACAUCGUCAUGUAUUCCUCGUACAAUCGCUUUGGUCAGAACAUUUAUAGAGAUGCCAACAUUGUGACCACCUUGGAUACCUUUACAUCGCUUCUGUCCGGCAUCAUCAUCUUUGGCAUUUUGGGCAACUUGGCGUAUGAGAAUAAUACGACGGACAUAUCGAGCGUGGUUAAAGGUGGACCUGGCUUGGCAUUCAUAUCAUAUCCGGAUGCUAUAGCCAAAUUCAAGGUGGUGCCCCAGGUCUUCUCGGUGCUAUUCUUUCUAAUGCUCUUCGUGCUGGGCAUUGGCAGCAAUGUGGGCAUGGUCUCAGUCCUGACAACGGUGCUGAAGGAUCAGUUUGUCAAGAUUAAACAAUGGCACAUUGUGGUUUUCAUUGCGAUUGUAGGGUAUUCGCUUGGUCUGCUGUAUAUCACACCUGGUGGACAGUUUGUGUUGAACCUGUUGGACUUCUUUGGUGCCACCUUCGUGGCCCUCGUGUUGGCCAUCUUUGAGCUGCUGGCCAUCGGAUGGGUCUAUGGAGUAAAACGUGUUUGUCGCGAUGUAGAAUUCAUGCUUGGCAGAAAAACUUCAAUUUAUUAUCGGCUCUGCUGGGGUUUCAUUACACCUCUAAUGAUGGGUAUCAUUCUCGUCUACAUGCUUGUCCUAUACGAGCCCCUCAAGUACAAUGAUUACACCUACCAAUCAGGAGUUUAUGUCUUUGGCUGGUGUCUAAGCGCCUUUGGUGUAGGACAACUCCUGUUCUGGGCAAUACCCGCUGUGAAAAGUCAACCCGCUGAAUUAAGCCUCUGGAUGCGCAUACGCAAAGCCUUUAAGCCACUGCCCAGUUGGGGACCCUCUGAUCCAGCUACCUUCAAACGAUACCGGCUCCAUAUGGAGCAGGCCAAUGACAGCGCAAUGUUCCAGAAAACUGGAAUAUGGCACAAAAUCUAUGACAAUAUCUUUGGUUAGCAAUAAAAAUCUGUAGCAUUUAAUGCUGGGGGAGUAACUCGUUUUAUGAAGCGCCGCCUAGCACCACAGCACCACCUCAGCACACAACUACAGCGCAACCCUUUUAUAAUAAAAAAAUCCAUGGCUUAAGUGCCAAAUGUAGUUCGCCCAAGGCGACCUUAUUGCCAAUGCAAUCAGCUAGAGAUGAGUGCGUGAUCAAGUCUGAGCUAACACUAAAACUUCUUAACUUCUAAGAAUUUAUGUGAAUUGGAAUUGAAA